ACGCGCUCCAAUCACGGCCGCACCAACCUCUGCACCUGUUGGAAAAGUUAAUACGAACCGUCUCCGACCCUCCUCCCGCACUGAUUCCGCCUCACUCCGACCCUCCCCACUCCGCCGGCUCCGUCUUCACCGACCUCCCUCCGUCUCCACAGCCGCCGCCUGCGUUCUCUUACCCGGCUAACAUCUUCUCUCUCCGCCGGUGCCACGAACCACGGCCGGUGGUUGGUGUUUUACCUUUAAACCCAGCUGUAACGUCGUUGUCUGACAUUACUGACACUUUGUAAAACUACCCACCGCUGGAAGCAAAAUGGGAAAUGAAGUCAGUUAUCCCCUGGAAAUGUGCUCCCACUUCGAUGCUGAUGAGAUUAAGAGGCUGGGAAAGAGAUUUAAGAAACUCGACCUAGAUAACUCAGGCUCUCUGAGCGUGGAGGAGUUUAUGUCUUUACCUGAGCUCCAGCAGAACCCACUGGUCCAACGAGUCAUCGACAUAUUCGACACUGACGGAAACGGGGAGGUCGACUUCAGAGAGUUCAUUGAAGGAGUCUCUCAGUUCAGUGUUAAAGGUGACAAAGAGCAGAAGUUACGCUUUGCCUUCCGGAUCUACGACAUGGACAAAGACGGCUACAUUUCCAAUGGAGAACUGUUCCAGGUCCUGAAGAUGAUGGUGGGAAACAACCUGAAGGACACGCAGCUGCAGCAGAUCGUCGACAAAACCAUCAUCAACGCAGACAAGGACGGGGACGGCAAGAUAUCCUUCGAAGAGUUCUGCGCGGUCGUCGGGGGAUUGGACAUCCACAAAAAGAUGGUGGUGGACGUCUGACGUGUAUCAGCUCCAAAGAAACAAAGUACUCUUGAGUACGACCGAACAAGGGAUGGGCGCGUCGUGUUUUCAACUCGACAGCCAGCAUUUGGACGCGGUUCACGUCACUGUCACUAUUUGUCAGAUGUCUGGGUCGUUCUUUGUUCAUUUUAAAAUUUUUUUAAUGACAUCAAACUUGGACGAGCCGAAGGUUGCCAUCAUGUGCCAAUCAGAUCAUGCAGCUGACGAACAUUCAGGGCUUUUAUUAAACCAUUGGAGCGCAGAUCAGACGCUUCAUGGUUUUACCGCCUCAUUCACAUCACACGGAGUAAAAAGGUGUUUACGUCGCAUCAGGUUCAGUCCGACACUUGUGGUUCUGGAGGAACAUUAUGGAAUCAGGACUUUCGAGGCGUCGGUUAAAAACUAAUCCUCCAGAAAUAAGGAGAAUUUAAUUUAUACAGAACACGUAGAUAUUAGAACCUCAGCAUUUGUUGUGUGAAUAAAGCUGUAGAAUGGACUUCAUCUUUACAUUUUAUCAGUGUUAUUAUGACAUAAACAGAAAUACAAAUGAACUGAAAAAUAAAAAGUCAAGAUUUGCUCUGUAAUGUGUGGCAACUGUUUGUUGUUUCCUAAAAUGGGAAAUGGUUUCAAAGCUGCGGUACAAGAACUGAAAACGAACACUACAGUUUUAUUAUGUCACAUAUUGCACUUUAAACAUAGUACGCUAAUAGUAAAUAUAGAAAGUAGAACAUAAAAAUGUAAAAUACUUCUAAAAUAUAUAGACGAUGCUACCUAAAUGAAUAUAGUUAAAACAUAUAAUGGUAAGAUUAAUUAAAAUAAGAGUCUUUAAAGCUCCAUAAAAUAUUGAAACAUAAAUAUAAAAGAUGUGACAUAAUGUUUGUUAAUUUGUUUUUGUUUUUUUUUUACACAUUGAUUGGUAAAGAAGCACAAAAAACUAAAGCAAUGUAAUUAAUUUGUUUGCAUGUUGAAGUUUUUAGUGUUGAAAUGAAUUCUUCUGUUCUUUUAUAUUGAUAUGUUGACACAAAUCUGACUGUGGAUUGAAUUGAAACUCUUCUGAUAUUAAAACCUUGCAGUUUUGAUUUAUCUAAUGUGAUGUUGAGCAUUUAGACACGUUUCACUUCAUUCAAAAUGUUACUGAUCAAAUUAUUUAUUAUUAUUAUUUAUUAAGAAAACUGAUUAAUUGGUAAUCAGAAUAUUUAUUUUGCAGAUACGACUUAUUGAUCAAUUUUAACCGUUUGAAGCAGUUUAUGUUUUUAAUCCAAACUGAAGUUUGUCAUCUCUGUUUAGCUCAUAACGAGAAAAAAAAAAACUGUAUGAAAUGUAUUGAUUGUCUCUCAAUGAUCAUUUACAGUGAAAACUCAAAUUCCAGCGUCUCCCAUAUUAAAGCAUAAAACUAAAGUUUGAUCAGUGAAACAUAUUGCAUCAAUCUAGAGCAACACGAUGAAAACUCCCAUUUUACUUGAACGCAGCAAAAUGAUAGAUUUUACAAACAUGUUAAGUAAAAUUAGUAAAUGUGUUAAAAGACAUUUCAGAUUAUUAUUAUUCUUUUAUUAUUAUUAUUCCUAUAGACAUAGAAACACCUGGAAAACUCAUGGAAUUUAAAUUUAACCUUUAAGUGUCAAAUAUAAAAACCACUAACAGGUUUUAUGAUGCAAAAAUCAACUGGAAAUCCAUAUUUUAUCACCAACAAAGUUAAAAAUAUGUGAAAAUGUACUGCAUUCAUUUGCCUGUUAGACUUAAUGUGGACUCUGUUGUUGGAUAAUUUAGUUUAUUUACUAAUAGAAUCCUUAGGAAAUAAGUUUAUAGAAGAGAAUGCAAGGUUUCUUUAGUUUUUCCUGCAGUUUUAACCACUGUCCACAUCUGUUCAUGGACGUUUUUCGAUGGACUGUGGAAGUGUGUGAGCUCUGUUUACAUGUGGAAGACUCAGCUGAGUUUUAGGAGAUAUUCCAGUUUUUACUUCAGUAGAUGAGUGAGUUUUAAAAUGAAUUGUUGUUCUUUAUGAUUGAGGGUUUGUUUUUACCCUUUAAACCCUGUGACGUGGAGACCAUCUAAAGCUUUUGUUAGUUUUUGAGGCUGAACUGAGCUGAACAUCAUGUGAAUGUUUGUGUCUAAUAUUUCAAGUUAAAUUUUGAUGAACGUUGAAGCCGUGUUAUAUUUAAUGUACAAACUCUGAAUGUGAGGUGAACACUUCAAUCACACAUUUUGCCAAUAAAAGAUUUGACUGAACAUUUCUGUCAAAGCUUCACUGACUGAACUGUAAUAAUUCUUCAUCUUUGGUUUGUUUAUUCUGGAUUUAUACAGAUAUGGGUUUUAAGCACUUUAACUUAUUUUAUUUCAGCUCAGUAACUUUAAAAGGAUGUGUAUGCCUUUUACUCUUGUUUCUUGAAGUUUACACCAAAAAAAAAAAG